AUGGCUUCCUUGUCUCCGGACUCCACGGAACAAAAUGGCAAUAGCACUGAAGAGCCCGCCUCCGUGGAGGACGAGAAAGACGCGGAGCAAGUAGCCGAACGCCUGCUCCAAACUUUCCAGCUAUCCGCGGUGAGUUUUUCCACGGAGCAGGUCUCGUGUCUGUGCGAGGCCCUCCUGCAAGCGGGCAAUGUGGAUCGCCUGUGGAGAUUCCUCUCCACCAUCCAUCCCUCGUCCGAGCUGCUACGUGGCAACGAGACCCUGCUGAAGGCCCAGGCCUUAGUGGCGUUCCACAAGGAGCAUUUCAAAGAGCUUUACGCGUUGCUGGAGAGCCACGACUUCCAGCCGUCCAACCACGUCUUCCUCCAGGACCUCUACCUGAGAGCUCGCUACAAGGAGGCGGAGAGGUCCCGCGGCCGGAGCCUGGGCGCCGUGGACAAGUACCGGCUCAGGAAAAAGUUUCCUUUGCCCAAGACCAUCUGGGACGGCGAGGAAACGGUCUACUGCUUUAAAGAGAAGUCCCGCAACGCCCUCAAAGAAUGCUACAAGAGCAACAGGUACCCCACGCCGGACGAGAAGAAGAACCUGGCCAAAGUCACCGGGCUGUCCCUCACGCAGGUCAGCAACUGGUUCAAGAAUCGGAGGCAGAGGGACAGGACCCCACCUGGAACACACUGCAAAAGUGAGUCUGAUGGAAACCACAGCAGUGAGGACGAGGCUAGCAACAUGAACGACACAGCGGAUAAAGUGGACGAGCCCGCCGCCUCCAAGGCCUCCAUCAUCUCACUCUCAGCAGUGAACUGCGCCCAGGGAAGUCAGCUCAUCGUCAACGGCUCUAGCAGCUUCCUCGCAGCUUCUCAACCGUUACUGUUCAAUGGCAAUUCGCUCAUCUCUGGUACUGGUGCUGGUGUUAUCAUCAAUGGGCUGAAUUUGGGGGAUUGCCAGAAAGUCACCCUGAGUCCCGUUGCAAGCUCACCUUUGAUACUGAAUGGACCUCAGGUUCUAGGCAAACCGGGAGCUCCGCAGCAAGCCGAUCAGCAGGUCUCUCCCAUUGUCACAAAACCAAGCAGUCUUCCAGCAGUCGUAUUUAGCACAAACACCUCACCGAUCUCCAACCCGACGUCAGUCAUCACUCUACCCGCGCAAGCAAAGAGCCGCAGUAACAAUGCAGUAGAUUUCAUCAAUGUGUCUGAAGACAUAAAACAAGAAAGCAACCAGCUCGCAUGCUCCUCUUCAACCUUGUCUCCAUCUUCGCCGACUUUAUUGCCAACUAGCCAUCCAUCUCUGGCCCUUACACAAUCUCCCCAGUGCCAGGAUGCCAUCAUAACAUCAGCAGCCUUGCCCAUUUCCACUUCUGCCUUGUCCCUGCCAAAUCAGCAGGGGGACUUUGUUGCCUUUGCCAGUUCUUCACCUCAGAUAAACCCUCCUAGCGCACUCGUCAACUCCGUUCAAUCAACUCCUCAGGUGUUCUCCUUGCCCCAGGUUGUCCCUUCCAUCCAGGGUAUACCAGUGUCCCAGCUGGUUCAACACUCUUCCAUAGGGCAGGUGUCCCAAUGUCCUCAACUAGUCCCGGUUUCCCCACUCACAGCUCCGGCCAUUAACUUCCAAAGCAUUCCGUCUACGUGCAGACAGCCAGAUACUUCUAUACCCUUGACUGAUGCUUCCACAACCCUGGUGUCUAUCUCACAGGUACCCACUACUCCUCUACCACAGCAAGUGAUGCACCAGUUGGGAAACCAAACCAACAACUCCUUGCCUUCUAAACUCGAAAUACCACAGGUCAUUUCCAUCACUUCGCCAACACAUGUGGUUCCAGUACCGCAGGCGAAAGCCACCGCACCAGCACAGUUAGUCCCAGUAUCCGUGCCCCAGCUGGUGCCGGUCUCGUCCAGCCAAACAUCGAGCACCAUCUCAUUUCCCCAAGUGGUUCCUGCCAGUCCCUCUCUGUCCAUGACCUCAGCCGGAGUUCCCAUGCAGGUCCUGGCUUCCGCUCCUGGUGGGAUAAAUCAAAGUCCUCUCAGGAUAAACCAAAUGAGACCCAUUCAGAGUGUGGUGCCCCCGACCGGUGUGUCCCCUGGUAUGCAUCUGCUCAACUCUGGGAUCAUUCAGCUUCCUUCUGCACCUCAAGGUAACCUUCUCCUGGGUGGAAGCCCCUAUUUAAGUGUUCAGCAAGGCAAGCUGAUUCUGACCAUUCCGGCUGGCUUUCAACUCACCAGUUUGCCUCUGAAACCAGUUUCUGACCCAUCCACCCUUCCCACUAACGGGGUUAACCUUGGUCUCAUGCCUUCAAACGUUCCUGUAGCGUCCCAGCUUUCAGCCACCUCAGAGCAGCCCGCCAGUGUUCUUGCAACAUCUCCGCUGAAUUUCCUCAAUCCACCCGCUCCGUUUUACACCACAGAAACCGGGAGCGCAACCACCCAGACAUCAUCGGUUUCAUCCCCGACCACGCUGGAUCCAUCAGUCACCCCUACCACACCACACACACUCUCUCCGGAGAGCAUGCUCACCCUCAGUCCCAUGUAUGGAGGAGGGGUGACACCUAGCAGCCAGUUAUCUCAGCCGGCCUGGAGCCCCCUGCCUCUCUCCACUUCGGCUGGUCUGAAUUUGUUUGACGGGCGGGGGAAGGGGGACCUACCUGUAGAUCCGGCUUUGUUGGGUCUACCGGGCGGGGACGCGUUGCUUCUGGGUAGCCCUUCUUCAGAGCAGGACAGCAGCUCCCCACUGGAGCAUCCGGAAGAGAUAAGUGGGGACGCCAAGAUUCUAACUCAACUUCAGUCUGUCCCGGUGGAUGAUGACCUAGGCUUGUAG